AUGCGCAGGCUAGUGUCCCAUCACCAUGCCCUCACCACGCCUACCCCUACGGUCUCCUCUUCCUCGUCGUUGCAGGAGCGACUGCUCACGGCCGGUCCGCUCCAGCCCACUGGCACAGGCGGCGUCGAGCUCACCUUUCUAGGCUCCAGCUCGCAAGGUGGCGCACGCCGAUACCCGAGCUCCAUGGCCAUGCGUCUGCGCGGCAUGGCCUCCUCGGAGGUCUGGCUGUUCGAUGCCGGUGAAGGCGCCCUCGCUCAGUUGCAGCGCUCGUCCAUGAAAAUUGGCCUUGUUCGCAACAUCUUCAUCACGCAUCUGCACGGCGAUCAUUUGUACGGACUGCCAGGGCUUGUUCUGUCGGUGUUGAGAUCGAGGUUGGGGGACCCUGUUGCCGAUCUCAGCGCCGCAUCGUCACGCCAUGAAAAAACGCCCCCGCUUGAUGUGUACGGGCCGCAAGGGAUUCGAAGCUUUCUGAGAAUGUCGCUCGGGGUGGCUGGCUUUUACAUGCCGGAGAGGAAUAUUUUGAGAAUUCAUGAGCUCAUGUGGCCGAAGGACUUCGGACCAAGGGGUAAGCGCAAUCGCGGAAAGUUGGCGACGACGUACUGGACAACGCGUGUGAAGAGAUUGCAGUACGAGGCUCUGGGAAGGGAUAUUGAACCAGUCAUCACUGGAGAUCAAAUGCCGCAAUAUACGUACGACCUAAUCAAGGGGGUGGACAGUGAUCUACUGGAGGACACGGAAGGCAAUGUGCGUUCGAGAAAGUGGGCGAUGGAGGAGGGCCCUGCAAGCGUUGUAGCUGCUCCUGUUUUGCACACUGUGCCCACGUUCGCUUUCUCGAUGACGGAGAAUGUCGUUUCGAGACGGUUUGAUAAGACCAAACUGCAGCAAUUUGGCAUCCCGGCCGACGGCAAAACCGUGCGACCGCUUUUUAGUAAUUGGACAAACGGGAAGAGCGCCGAGUGGGGUGGAGUGGAGAUCUCUCCUGAGGAUGUCAUGCAAGACGGACGCGCGCCUCGGCGAGUGUGCGUAGUUGGGGAUACCUAUGACGCAAAUGGGGCGUCACAUAUUGCGCAGGGUGUAGAUGUGCUGGUACAUGAGGCGACAAAUGUGGCUGCUCAAACAGCAAUUGCCAAGGCACGGGGGCAUUCUUCAACACUUGGGUCAACUGGUUUCGCGAAAAAAGUAGAGGCGAAGCGGUUAAUUCUCAACCAUACCAGUGUCGGAUAUAGUGAGCGAAAGAUCAGAGAGAUGGAGACGGAGGCGAGAGGGAUGUUUGGGGCGAAUAAGGCUUUUGUGGCAAGGGAUUUGAGCGUGUUUAAUGUGCCGACAAAGGAGGAGGACAGCGAUGAAUUCUUGUUUCGUAGAUUCGUUGGCUUUGUUAAUUCGCUCGAGUAUAGCCGUCAUCACGACAGCGGGGACAAUCCUUUCCAGCAGGAUGUGGUGGUAGACAAUGGCGAGAACUACGAGGCAAGUCCGAGACUGCGGGAUGACCGGGAGAAAUUCGUGGAUGAAAAUGGAGAGGGUGAGGUGGAUGGGGACAUGAACAUUGACGAUGAGAUUGAUAGCGAGGUGGAUGACGACUUGACUUUGGAUUCUCUGGUCAGCGGCGAUAGUGAUGCAAUCGGACACACGAAGAGCAGGCGAAAGGGUGAGAGUGCGAGUGAAGGUGUGCGACGGGGUGAAUCGGUAUUUGUCGGGGAGCUGAAAGAGUUGGGCGUCGAACUCCCAGGUCGAAAGGUUGGAUAUGGACGGUUUCAACGUGUUGUGGUAUGAGAAGGAAAUCGGGAUGUGGAACGGGGAGGGAUCCGGAUGGGAUGCUAUGAAGCUUAAUUUUUGUAAAUAUUUUAGUCUAUCU